AUGAAGGGUACACUGUGUUUGUUGGUAGCACUGCUCAGCACCAGCUCGCUGGUGAGCGCUCGUGACCUCCGUCAUGAGAUUCCCGUUGAGGUACCGGAUGUACACCUUGGAAUAGGUUUUGCCACGGCAUGCUCCGUUCGCAUGACGGGCGAUUUACCACGACCACAGCCACUGAUCCUUCGCCCCGGAACGGAUCAGUUCCGUUACCCCGCUACCGACAAUGGACUGUUGCAGCUGAACGCCGGCGAAACGCUGGAGUUAGCCUGCCAGCAAGGGUUCGCUCUGUUCCCGGGUAAAAACACCAUCACCAUUUCCUGCGUGCUCAACGAUCAGUUCAACUAUGACAGCCAGAUGUUCGCGUUCCGUGACUUUGCCUGCACGGAAAACUGGCUUAGCACGGCACGUCGUACGGCGCAGCGUUGCUUUAACGGUGCUACGAUCGUCCAGAUCGGUUUCGAGCUGGGAUCUCGGUUUCCCCGUUUCCUCGACGUGUGCCAUGAUGAGGUGACGCUCGACAAUCACUACGUCGUGCACGAAUUUACACCGGCCAAUGCAGGCUUCCAGCAGGGUGUCCCACGUCCCGGCUGGUACCAGGGCGACUUCUAUCCCGGCAUUAACAUCAACGGACUGUACACCGUCAAUACGCAGCGUUCCACGCUCGCCACCAUCCUGAACUCGCAAGCCCGCGCCGAUCAGCUCGUGCAGGGUACGGAGAAUGGGUUUUUCAUGGCUCGCGGGCACAUUGCGGCUCGGUCGGACUUUAUCUACGGUACGCAGCAGAACGGUACGUUCUGGUUCCUGAACGCCUCCCCCCAGUGGCAAACCUUUAACGCCGGUAACUGGGAACGUAUCGAGGCUUCGGUCAAGCGGUUCGUCGCCUCGCGCAACAUCCAUGUCCGUGUGUACGGUGGUACGUACGGGAUCCAAACGCAGGCCGAUGGCAACGGAGAUCAUCGUCAGAUCUUCCUCGACUUCAACGCGAAUGGACGUACCCGGGUGCGGGCACCCAUGGUGUACUACAAGAUCCUGCACAACGAGGCCCAGAACUCGGGUAUCGUACUGAUCGGUGUCAACAACAUUCACAUCUCGCUGGAGGAAAUCCGCCGGGAUUACAUCUUCUGUACGGAUGUAAGCUCGCGGAUCGGUUGGAUCAACUGGGAGCGAGAGAACCUUAUACUCGGCUACUCGUAUGCCUGUGAGGUGAACGAGUUCAACCGCGUGACUGGCCAUCUACCGAACCUGAACGUCGCAACGGUUUCCUGUAGUGUUAACUUUACGGCACUGCCCGGUCCGGAGCAACCACUGAUACUGGUUCCUGCAUCGGAGAAAUUUUUGUAUCCGAUCGAUGAAACGCGCAAGAUCGAGUUCGAGGCGGGACAAUCCGUCGAACUGGCUUGCCGCGAUGGGUUCAAGAUGUUCCCAACGAUCCGAGAGAUCACCGUUGAGUGUGUGUCCGGUCUGCAGUUCCGGUAUGGUGGAAUGCCAUACACGAUUUCGGAUUUCUCCUGUACGAACUACUGGUUGAGCUCGGCUAGAGUAACGCAGCGCCGGUGUCAUAACGAUGCAGUUAUCGUCCAGGUCGGCUUCAACCUAGUGGCCAGCAAUCGAUGGGUCAACGUGUUCGACGUGUGCUACGAUGAGAAGCUGUACCACACGCACUACGUACUACACAAGAUGACCCGUGCCAACGGCGGCUAUCAGUCGGGCAAUCCACGUCCCAAUUGGUUCCAGGGAGAUUUCUACCAGGAGGUGAACAUUAACAAUCUUUACACGGUAAACAAGCAGCGAGAAACGAUUGCCAUCAUUCUCGCAUCACAAGCUCGUGCGGAUGAGCUAGUGCAGACGACGGCCAACGGUAUCUAUAUGGCACGCGGGCAUAUCGCUGCGCGGGCUGACUUUGUGUAUGGUACGGAGCAGAACGCCACCUUCUGGUUCCUGAACGCAGCGCCUCAGUGGCAAAAUUUCAACGGAGUCAACUGGGAGCGGGUUGAGUCGUCGAUCCGGGACUUUGCCGGUAGCCAGAAUCGCGAGCUAACCGUGUACAGCGGUACGUACGGUGUGCAAAAGCUGGCCGACGGUAACGGUGACUAUCAGGAGGUGAUGCUCGAUUUCGAUCCUACCGAGGGUAGAAAGCGUGUUCCGGCACCGGCACUGUACUACAAAAUCCUGCACGAUGAGCGCACCAACGCCGGUAUAGCGAUCAUCGGCGUGAACAACGUACACAUCCCGCUCGACAUCGUACUGAAGGAUUAUGUGGUGUGCGACGACAUUGGCGAUAAGGUAGAUUGGAUCGAUUGGCAGCGCAAGAACCUUACCAUCGGGUAUUGCUAUGCGUGCGAGGUGAACCAAUUCAAUGCCGCUAUUGGUAAACCACAUCCACAGCUGAACGUGGAGCGUCUGCUAACGGGUGGUGCAGGGCCGACGAUGGCCCUGUCGUUGGGCGCUCUGUUGGCUGCUCUGCUGCUCCUGCAUGGGGGUCUGUUUGCGACGAGAUAG